AUGAUUAGAUCAGCAAUUUCAAAUUUAAAUUCAGCAUCAAUUAAUUUAGAGGCAUUACUUGUUACAAAUUUUACAAAACCAUUAUUAUUUAGAAAUAAUUUCAGUGGUGAUUUAACACCAACUGAUUUCACAGUCACUGAUAAUAGACCAAACCCAAAACAAAAGAAUAUUGAUAUUAAAAAUGCAUUUCAAAUUCAAGCAGAACCAAUCGACUCAAAUGAUUUAAUCAUUAGUGAAGAUUCUUUAAAAACUAAUAAAAACAGAGUCGUUGCAAUGCCAUAUCAAUUCAAUUAUACAAACUAUUAUAAAGGUAAAAGAGCAACUAAAAAAGGUGUCACUAAAAAGAAGAGACAUUUAAAAGAUUUCGGUGUCGUACCACACAUUUUCCCAGAAUCAAUGUUUAGAGAUUAUUAUAUGAAACCAAUUCCAUUAUCAAAAGUUCAAGAAGGAAAUAUUGAUAAUUAA